GUCAUCCGUAACCUGACAGGUUUCUCUCUGGGGCACCGGAAGCAGUCGUGGGUUUGGUGACGCUGCAUUAGACUGCAAGAUAUGAUUCGGACCAUGAAGCACGCGCUCAGGCCAAGUGGUGGGCUUGCUAACUUCGGCUGUGUGUCCGCGGAGCUAUUCGGGGUUCUCCUCCUCAGCCUGGCUCUUGCUGGAGCUCAGGCUCUCACACCGUCUCACCACCUGUCCCUGUCUGAUGUGGGCCGGCUCCAGAAUCUUCUGAACCAACCAUACGACGACCUGGAGUCCGCAUACUACUCUGUGGUUGGGCUCACCAAGCUCGGAGCAGCUGUUCCAGAUCCUGCAGAAGUUUGCCAGUUCCUGAAAUCCCAGCUGGAUCCCGGUAGUGUUGAUUCUUUGUUCUUUGCUGCUGAAACCAGUAAGGCCAUUUCAGGAUGUGAGAUCCCUGUUUCCAAUGAAACCAGGGACAUCCUCCUGGCGGCGGUCAGUGAGGACUCAUCCAUGUCUCAGAUCCACCGGGCAGUGGGCGCUCUCAGCUCCUUGGGGCUCCCACUCGCUUCACAGGAAGUGGUCGGCGCCCUCACGGCUCGUAUCAACAAGGAGGACAACGUCAUGGCCAUCAUCUCGGCCCUGCAAGCCGCAUCCCGCCUGUCCCAACAGGCAGAACUGGGAGGAAUCCUGGAGGAGAUUGAGGAUCUGACGGCUCGCCUGGACGACCUGGGAGGCGUGUACCUGCAGUUUGAGGAGGGGCUGGAGGCCACCGGCCUUUUUGUGGCAGCGGCGUACAGCCUGUCGGACCACGUGGAUAUGGAGCCGCCUCUCAAGGAGGACCAGGUCAUCCAGCUGGUCAACUCCAUCUUCAGUAAGAAGUCGUGGGACUCUCUGUCUGAGGCGUUCAGCGUGGCGAGCGCUGCUGCCGCCCUGUCCAACAACCGCUUCCACGUCCCUGUGGUGGUCAGCGCUCAGGGCCCGGCCACCGUGUCCCACAACCAGCCGACCCUGCAGCUCCUGGUCACUGACGUCAUGUCCCAGCCUCUGGCCUCAGCCAGCGUUCUGGUGGAGUCUGCAUAUGCUUUGGCCUCCAAGAGCACCGUUCUCAACCAGGCACCGUUCACUCAUAACAAUGGCGUCUUUGAACUGAAUUUCAUGUCCAGCAAGCCGGCCAGUGGAUAUUACCAGUUCACUAUUGGUGUGACUGGGGACAGCCGACUGGUGGCCAAUCACAUUGAGCUGAAGGUCAAAGUUUCCACUGAGGUGGCUGUUACUAACAUGGACCUCUCUGUGGUGGACAAGGACCAGAGCAUCGGCACAAAGACCACCAGAGUGCAGUAUCCCUCCAAAGCCAAGAGCUCCUUUACAGCAGACAGCCACCAGAACUUUGCCAUGUCCUUCCAGCUGGUUGACGUCAACAAUGAGCAGGAGCUCACCCCUCACCAGACGUUUGUCCGACUGCACAAUCAGAAAACCGGCCAGGAGGUCGUAUUUGUUGCCGAACCAGACAGCAAGAACCUCUACAAGUUCGAGUUGGACACGGCUGAACGGAAGUCAGAGUUCGAUUCUAUGUCUGGUACCUACUCUCUCUACCUCAUGGUUGGAGAUGCCACCCUGGAGAAUCCCAUCUUGUGGAACGUGGCUGACGUCAUCCUGAAGUUUGCAGAAGAAGAAGCUCCAGUUGCUGUUCAGCCAAAGACUCUUUAUGUACCAAAACCAGAGAUUCAGGUCUGUUUUCUUUCAGUGUUUGUACAUCCUUAACAAGGCUUAAAUUCA